AUGGGCAAGCAGCGUAAUCUCAAGAGGAUGCUACCGAGAAAGAUCAUUGCUCUCCUGAACCCCGACGAGGAUAAGCCGCAAUUCACAAGAUCAACUACAUUCAUCGAUGGUCUCAAUCAAGCUGGUGAUAUCUUCAGUCGAAGGUUUCGUGUCACUAAGCCGGGACUGAAGCGUGCUCACUGGGCCGAAGAUCAAGAACAGCUCAAGCAGAGGAUGGAAUCUAUCAUGGCCGACGGAGAAAUUUUCUUUUCCAAGGAAGACUUUCAAUAUCAAGCCAAAAUCCUGCAGGGUUCUCGCGACUUCGGAGCGCAGCUGUUCUGUGCCUUGCUUCGGUCCGCUGCUGUGGAGGCGAGACUUGUCUGCUCCCUCCAACCACUACCAUUCUCAGGGACCGUCAAGGACAUGACGCCGUCUAAAAAGCCUUCACAAUACAUCGUCAUCUCCUCGGAUGACCAUGAAACAUCUACCGACGAGCAGCAAAAGUCACCAAGCGGACUGACAACUCCAUCACGGACACGACGGAUUGGAAGGCCUGGUUUUACUUCACGCCCUGCUCAAACUUCAGUACGCCUAGGCUCUCAACCAGUAGCUCGAGAAUCCUCAUAUCCGGUAUUCUGGGUAGAGGCAUUCAACGAGGCGGUACAAAAAUGGAUUCCAAUCGAUCCUUUGGUGACGAAGUCUCUGGCCAAGCCUUCCAAAUUUGAGCCUCCUGCAAGUGACCCGUACAACAACAUGAGUUAUGUGGUUGCAUUUGAGGAUGAUGCUUCUGCGCGAGAUAUUACUCGACGCUACACUAAAGCUUUCAACGCGAAAACCCGCAAGUCCCGAGUGGAGAUCACCCGGAAUGGGGAGAAAUGGUGGAAUGACGCACUGAUCGCCUAUGAAAAGCCAUUCCUUGAAGAUCGUGAUGAGGCUGAAAUAAGCGAAUUGACAUCCAAAUCUGCCGCCGAACCGAUGCCACGCAACAUCCAGGACUUCAAAGAUCAUCCUGUCUAUGCGCUGGAGAGACACCUGCGACGAAAUGAGGUGAUCUUCCCCAAACGUGUCAUAGGACAUGUGGGUUUGAGCAAGACCACCUCAAAGAGUGACAACCUGGAGACCGUCUAUCGUCGCUCUGACGUGCAUCUCGUACGCAGCGCCGACAAGUGGUAUCGCUUGGGACGGGAUGUCAAGGUAGGCGAACAGCCUCUCAAACGUGUCCCGGCGACCAGGCCCAAAAGCGGAUUCGCCAGUGAUGAGGAUGAUGACGAGGCCGAGGAAACUCCACUCUAUGCAGAGUACCAGACCGAAAUUUAUCGACCGCCUCCUGUUGUACAGGGAAGAAUUCCGAAAAAUGCAUAUGGAAAUCUGGAUAUCUACGUGCCCAGCAUGGUCCCACCUGGAGCAGUCCACAUCAAACAUCCCGAAGCAGCUCGAUCUGCGAAAAUCCUGGGCAUUGAUUACGCAGACGCGGUGACCGGCUUUGAGUUCAGAGGACGGAGAGGCACUGCAGUGUUUGGGGGAAUCGUCAUUGCCCAAGAAUACCAAGAAGCUCUCCAUGAGGUUCUCAGAAGUAUCGCUGAUGAACGACGUCAAGCUGCUGUCGAAGCAAGAGCUGCAGAAGCUCUGCGACUUUGGCGACUUUUCCUGAUCAAAGUGCGGAUCGCUGAAAGAGUGAAGGUCUAUGCAGACGAAGAUGAGAAAAUGGACUACGCCGAUGAACCAGAGAUACCAGAGAACGAUAUGGAUUAUGAUGAAGAAGCAGGAGGUGGAUUCAUCCCCGAAGAGGGCGGAGGAUUUGUACCCGAAGAUGCCGGUGGCUUUUUCGCUGAUAAUGCCGGCGGAUUCGUUCCUGAAGAGAACCAGGUCGUUACUUAUGAGGGUGGAGGCUUCGUUCCGGACGAGCCUGGUGAGGGUGAAGGCUUCAUCCUUGAUGAGCCCACGGAAGACCCACCAGCCCCGGUUCCUGAGCCAUCAAUCACGACUCAGUUGUCUGCGACUUUUCAGAGGAACAGGCGUUCGAAAGCACCCAAAGCUCCUCGUUAUGAGUUGAUCGUGGUGCCAAAUAAAUCUGAACCGGGAUCAGAGGGGCAUCAGCAAGCCAGCCCGCUCGAGGGAUCAUCUGCGAUGGCCCCAAUCGCAGUCGACUCGUCAGCUAAUGGUGGCUCAAAGUCUGCUAGUGUGGAUAUACUUUCCCGACCACCGUCGCCCACAGAGGCUACCCAGCCCUCUCCAUCUCCACCCGCUCCAGAUUCUGAUAGUGAGAUCGAAAAGGGGUCUCUGCUAUCUGAGGAUCCGGAGGAUGAAGAUGCGAUUCCAGAGUGGCUCAUGUAA